AUGCAUCUGGUCAAACCUCUUCUCUCAGCCCUAACCCUUGGCACUGGGGUCAUUGGGGCCCCGACAGAACUACUCCGUCGCACAGCGAGGACGAGCGCGCCUUCAGGAUGUCUAACCGUCGGAGCGAGUGGUACAUACUCGAGUGUCGGGGCUGCCGUCUCGGCCCUUGGCUCGUCUACUGCUGAUGCGUGUAUCUACAUUGCGACGGGCACCUACACCGAGCAGGUGACCGUGAAAUAUGGUGGUGCUCUGACUCUGUAUGGACAGACUGCUGAUACCUCCUCUUAUAAGAAGAAUACGGUGACCAUUACGCAUUCUCUCAAUUCCGCCACUGCGGGAAGUUUGGAUAAGAGUGCCACGGUAAAUGUUGUCUCCGAUGGAUUGAAGAUGUAUAACAUCAAUGUGGUGAAUGGAUACGGAGCGGGAUCGCAGGCUGUGGCACUCGUUGCAAAUGCUGAUCAACUCGGUUUCUAUGGCUGUCAGUUCUCUGGAUACCAGGACACCCUGUACGCCAAGUCUGGAACCCAGUACUAUUCCAACUGCAUGAUUGAGGGAAACGUCGACUUUAUCUUCGGCGAUGCCUCGGCCUGGUUCGGUGAAUGUGAUAUUAUCGCCAAUGGCGCUGGUGCCAUCACUGCCAUGUCGCGAGAGACAGCCAGCGACACUGCCUGGUAUGCUAUUGAUCACUGCAACAUCAAGGCUGCCUCUGGUGUGACCCUGGAUGGUACGCAGUAUCUCGGUCGUCCAUGGCGUGUUCUAGCUCGUGUCAUCUACCAAAAUUCCAAUAUCGGUAGCUUGAUCAAUGCCAAGGGCUGGACUACAAUGGCUGACGGGGCUACUCCCUUGUAUUAUGAGUACAACAACUCGGGAGACGGAGCUGACACCUCCAACCGACUCUAUGAGACUUCGAUCUCGGCAGGAGUGACCAAGAAGACUGUUUUGGGCAGUGAUUAUGGUUCUUGGAUUGAUUCAAGCUAUUGA